AUGAGCUCACCUUUGUCGAUGCUGAAGAAAACGAGGCGCACUCCGCUGCAGGGCCCUCUGAAUGAGCAAUGGGGGAAACAAAAGGUGCCUUUCAGGAAGAAUCUGUUAAAAGAAGUUCAGUCAUCCUCAGCAGCUGAUGAUGAAUGCUCUGAUCUAAAUUCUCCCUCAAACUCUCACGCUCCGGCCAACGUUGCCUCCAGCUCAAUUUCAAAGUCUAAAUCCCCAGUAAAGAAAGGUGCUGCACCAAGCGACUUUGAGCUGAUGACCGCAGCGCUGCAGCGUGUGUGUCUGCUGGAAAAAAAAGUGAAGACCCAAGCACAGGAGAUCAAGAGCAAGGAUGAAAGGAUUUCAUUGUUGGAGAAAAAUCAAAAGCCCCAGAAAGAAUCAGAGAACGUGCAUGAUCUGAGUCGAGAUGACCUUGAAAGAAGGUGUCAAAAGCUACAAAGUCAAGUGUGUGAAAUGGAGCGUUUUCUGAAUGACUACGGUUUGAUCUGGGUGGGAGACGAUGAGAGCAGUGACUCAGCUGAAAGCGCGCAGCCAGCAAGAGGCCUCUGGCAGCCAGACUCCUCUGUGGUCUCAAACUUCCACAUGAACUUUGACCUCGUGCUGCGGAGGAUCAAGGAGUUAAACAUCCUGGCUGGAGACGGAGAGAGUUUUGUGCAGUCAACAUCCACGGGCGCACAGCUGGCAAAAAAGGAUCCUAUUCAACUGAGUCUCUACGGCAACGGCAUCGUCAUGUUUGAAGGUCCUUUCCGCUCCUAUGAGGAGCACAGCACCCAGCGGUGCAUGAGAGAUCUGAUGGAUGGGUAUUUUCCGUCUGAGCUCCAGGACAGAUUUCCAGAUGGUGUGCCUUUUGAGGUUCAUGACAAGCGAGAUGAGGAUUUUAUCUAUACUGCACCGUGGAAUAAGUUUCCUGGUGAAGGACAAGCUGUUCGUGGGGAGAAAAAUGAACCGUCGAAUGCCGUCAGCUCUCAGUUACCUGGCAAGAAGUUGAGCAUGGAUCAGUUCCUGAACAGGUUACCAAAGGUGGUGGUGAAGGCUGGUCGUGUGAUCGAUAUCAGGGACUCAGUGAAAGCUGCCCUGCAGGGUUCAUCUGACGCCCAAAGCAGCAGCUCAGUGAUCCUGGUAGAGACGCCAGCACUGCAAACCAGCAAAGAGAGACUGCAGACGUCCAGCUCCAGUGAUGUCAUCACGCUUAAGGUGAAGUCAGAAGACGGCAACAAUACUUACAUACUGAAAAUGUGCUUCUCUGAAACAAUCGGCCUCCUGCGGCAGCAUCUGGACAAACACAGAGGGCGCAGUGUCCCUGGUUAUGACAUCAUCAGUGCUUACCCGCAGUGCUGCUAUGAUGAUGACCACCGGACGCUACAGUCAUGUGGACUGACCACUAACGCUGCUCUGCUUCUGCGAAAAAAGCAGCACUCUCAUUCACUGACUGAAGUCAAUAACAUAAACCUGUAG